UCUCUGUCUCCACCCAGAUGUGCACCUCCUUCCCAACACUGCUCUUAAAAGCUUGGUCUUCCUAAUGGCUGUAUGCACUGGUUCCACACAGACCCAUACGAAAAAGGAACAACAACAAGGUUUGCGACUGCUGUCAGUGGGUAUGUCCAAAUGUUCAAGCACAUCCUCGUGGCUUCUUGGCCAUCCCAAGGUAUUCCAGUGGUGUUUUCUCAAUCCAAAGAUCUCCAAUAUGCAGGGAAAACAUGUGUUGAAGCAGUGGCUGAGUAUCAUUCCUGCCCAGAUGUCUCUCUCCCCAUUGGACAUGAGUCAAGAACCAGGUUGGGCAGAACUGUUUACACUGGUGAAAGAAAAUACUAAAUGUUUACAAGCUGCAUUGGAUGGUAAACAAUCACCAAACCCCAAAACUGUCAGCACAUUGAAACAAAUGUUGUCUGAUGUAGUGCACAGAAUUUUCCUUGCUAAGUCUGUAAAAAAAGCAGGAAAUGCUGAACUUUAG